CACAAAUCAAACUGUUUCUUCUUUUUCUUAUGUUACACUCUCACAUUAAAAGAAGAAGAAAGACAGAGUUCACGAUCUUGUUUAGCUUCUAAAAACUUUUAAGAUCAUGUUUCCUAAAAAACCAACUUAUUCAUCUACCACACAUCAACACAGCUUCGACGAGUCUCGAUGGGUCAACAACGUCAGAAAAUCUCUCGACGCAGAGGUCGAAGAACACCCUCACGAACAAGUCGCAGUCAGCAUUUUCACCGUCCCUAAAGCACUAAUGUGCACCCAUCGAGACUCAUACACACCUCAGCGAGUCUCCGUCGGACCUUACCACUGUCUCAAACCAGAGCUUCAAGAAACAGAGAGGUACAAACUGACGAUCGCGAGAAAGUUUCGAAACAACUCCAAAUCUUUCAGGUUCCACGACCUCGUCGAGAAGCUUCAAUCAUUGGAGGUCAAGAUCCGAGCUUGCUAUCAUAAGUACAUCGCGCUGAGCGACGAGACUCUGCUGUGGAUAAUGGCGAUCGACUCUUCGUUCUUGAUCGAGUUUCUUAAGGUUUAUUACGGUUUCGGAAAGGUCGAGACUUUGAUUAACAGAGUCGGUCACAACGAGAUUCUUAGAGAUGUAAUGAUGUUAGAGAAUCAAAUCCCGUUGUUCGUUUUGAGGAAAGCGCUCGAAGUUCAGCUCGAAUCGAAGGAAUCAGCUGAUGCUCUGUUGGUCUCUGUUCUCACGGGACUAUGCAGAGAUCUCUCUCCUCUCGUGAUCAAAUUCGAAGAUGGUGAGAUUCUGAAGGCUCAGAUUCAUGAGUAUAACCAUAUCCUAGACUUCUUGUAUCAGAUGAUCGUUCCAAGAAUCGAAGAAGAAGAGGAAGAAGAAGAAGAAAACAGAGCAGACGAAAACAGAGCAUGUAAGCUUCUGAGAGAGAUGAAGCUUCAGUUCAAAAGGGUCUUCGCGUCUCGACCUGCUGAUAUGAUCUUGAGACUUCCAUGGAGAGUCAUAUCGAAUCUCCCCGGCUUCAUCGCUCUGAACUAUCUAUUCACCAGACAAGAAAACGAAGAAGCAGCAGCAACGGUCUCUGUUUCCGACAUCGAGAAGCCUCCUCUAGUCUCCGAACUCACAAUCCCAUCGGUCUCCGAACUCCACAAGGCAGGAGUUAAGUUCAAACCAACACAAAACGGCAACGUUUCGACCGUUUCAUUCGAUUCAAACACAGGCCACUUCCACCUCCCUGUGAUAAACCUAGACAUCAACACGGAGACCGUUCUUCGAAACCUCGUGGCUUACGAAGCUUCGAACACUUCGGGAGGACCAUUGGUCUUCACUCGGUACACGGAGCUGAUAAACGGAAUCAUCGAUUCAGAGGAAGACGUUAGUUUGCUUAGAGAGCAAGGCGUUCUCGUGAGCCGUCUCAAGAGCGAUGAAGAAGCUGCGGAGAUGUGGAACGGUAUGAGCGAAUCAGUGAGGUUGACCAAAGUUGGGUUCUUGGAUAAGACUAUUGAGGAUGUGAACCGGUAUUAUACCGGACGGUGGAAAGUUAAGAUUGGGAGAUUUGUUGAGGUUUAUGUUUAUGGUUCUUGGAAGAUUUUUGCAUUUUUGGCUGCGGUUUUGUUGUUGAUGCUGGUUUCGUUGCAAGUGAUUUCGUUGGUGUUUAGCUCCUUGAGGUUGCUUGGGUUGAGAACCGGUUAGGUGAAACUACCAGUGACGAUGUGAUUUGAAUUUGGUUUGGUUUGAUUUGAUUUCUCUAUGGUUCCCUUUUG